GCUGAAUGCAGGCACCAGACUCAAAAAGAGAAAGUCGUAAAAUGUGUUGCCAACAAAACACUAAGAAAACCCAAUCACAUUAGCCACAAUCUUUGGAGAGAGUGCCUGCUGUCCAGGCUGAUUCAGUAGUUGUCUAUUCAGAACUCAUAAUGGGGAAAAAAAAGAAAAGUCGUUUAGAGAUUAUAAUGGAAGAUGUUGGCAUUGAAAUUGAUGGACAUCUGGAUACUGAUUCAGAUACAGAUGAUGAAGAAGAUGAAGAGAACACAAAAAGGAAUAUAGGAGGCAAAAAGUCAUCUCAAAAAGCAUCUCAGAUUAAAAAUGACAGUGACGAUAAUAGCAGUGAAGAUGAGUUACCACGAGGAAAGAGAAAGGCUAGAUGCAGACCAAAGCCAAGAGGUGAUGGUGAUGAUGACAAUAAUGAUGAUGAAGUAGAUGAAGAAAAUGGAGGCAAUGAGAAAGCAGGUUACCGUAACAGAGGCAGAAACAAGAGACUGAAGGAGGAACAAAAUAAUGAGAAGAAAACAGGGAAAAAAGGUGAACAGCAGAAGGAAGAUCAGAAGAAACAUGGCAGUGAUUCUCAGUCAUCAUCAUCCUCUGAUGACGAGUCAUUGACUGAAGAGGAAAUGGCAAAACUGAUGGAACAUGUUGAGGAUAAGAAGAAGCUAAUCUCUACCAUUAGAAACAAGCCCUGGCGUAUGAAGAAAAAACUUUCCAUAUUAAGAGAUGCUCAGAAGUUUGUGGAGAAAUUUGAAGGAGCAUUGGGGAAGGGGAAAGGAAAGAAAUUCUAUGCCUACAAAAUGAUGAUGUUAAAGAAAUGGAUAAAAUUUAAAAGGGACUUUGAAAAUUUUAAAACAACAUGCAUACCAUGGGAAAUGAAGAUUAAAGAAGUGGAAAGUCACUUUGGAUCGUCUGUUGCCUCAUAUUUUAUAUUCCUGAGAUGGAUGUAUGGAGUGAACCUAGUGCUCUUUGGUCUAAUAUUUGGACUUGUUGUAAUACCAGAGAUUUUAAUGGGGCUACCCUAUGGCAGUUUACCACGGAAAACAGUGCCUAGAAAAGAAGAAAGGACUGCCAUGGAUUUUUCUGUACUUUGGGAUUUUGAGGGUUAUGCCAAAUAUUCAGUUCUGUUCUAUGGUUUCUACAAUAACCAACGCACGAUUGGCUGGUUAAAAUUCAGACUGCCGCUGUCCUACUUUUUGGUUGGAGUUGGUGUAUUUGGAUACAGCCUCAUGGUUGUUAUCAGAACAAUGGCUAGUAAUGCCAAUGAAAGCACAGGUGAUGGAGAUGAUGGGAAUUUCAAUUUCAGCUUUAAAAUGUUCACAAGCUGGGAUUACUUGAUAGGAAAUCCAGAGACCGCAGAUAACAAAUUUGCAUCAAUAACUACUAGCUUUAAGGAAUCUAUUGUAGAUGAAGAAGAAAGUAAUAAGAAUGAAAACAUUCAUCUUACUCGAUUCCUCCGUGUCCUGGCCAAUGUAAUGAUAAUAUGCUGCUUAUGUGGAAGUGGUUAUCUCAUCUACUUUGUUGUAAAGCGCUCACAGACAUUUUCCAAGAUGCAGAAUGUCGGCUGGUAUGAAAGAAAUGAGGUGGAGAUAGUAAUGUCUCUGCUUGGAAUGUUUUGCCCUCCAUUAUUUGAAACAAUUGCAAAUUUAGAAGAGUAUCAUCCCCGUGUGGCACUGAAGUGGCAGCUCGGUCGCAUCUUUGCCUUGUUCCUUGGCAAUCUCUACACAUUUCUACUGGCUUUGAUGGAUGAUGUCAAUGAGAAAUUAGCUCAAGAGGAUGCUGUAAAGAAUAUUACUUACUGGACAAUGUACAAUUACUACAACUCAUCGACAUACACAAAUGGAAGUGACACUACACCACCACCUCUACAUCCAGCUGAUGUCCCUAGGGGCCCUUGCUGGGAAACUAAUGUUGGAGUUGAGUUUGUAAGGCUGACGGUGUCUGACAUUCUAGUGACAUAUGUCACCAUCCUAGUUGGGGAUUUUCUUCGUGCCUGCUUUGUAAGAUUUAUGAACUACUGUUGGUGCUGGGAUUUGGAGGCUGGCUUUCCUUCCUAUGCAGAGUUUGAUAUCAGCGGUAAUGUGCUGGGAUUGAUCUUCAAUCAAGGAAUGAUUUGGAUGGGUUCUUUCUAUGCUCCAGGAUUGAUAGGAAUAAAUGUCCUUAGGUUGCUCACAUCAAUGUACUUCCAAUGCUGGGCAGUUAUGAGCAGUAAUGUUCCUCACGAACGUGUCUUCAAAGCAUCGAAAUCAAAUAAUUUCUAUAUGGGACUACUUCUUCUUAUUCUUUUCUUGAGUCUGUUGCCAGUGGCAUACACAAUUAUGACUCUCCCACCAUCAUUUGACUGUGGACCAUUCAGUGGGAAGAAGAGAAUGUUUGAUGUUAUCCAGGAAACAAUGGAAAGUGACUUCCCACCUUUUGUUGCCAAAAUUCUCAGUUCAAUAGCAAAUCCUGGACUGAUUAUACCAGCUAUUCUUCUCAUGGUAUUAGCCAUUUACUACCUCAAUGCUGUUUCAAAAGCUUAUCAACAAGCAAACAUAGAUUUGAAGAAGAAGAUGCAGAUGCAAAGGGAAGAAGAAAAAAAUAAACGGAAUAACAACACUCAGGCUAAUUCUGUUAUGAGAGACCUAGAAGAAUUACUUCCUCCAAGUGCAAGGAAUGCACUUAGGCUGCAGGCUGCUGAAACAGAGAAUCAAUCUAACCCUGCACAAAGAAAUAUAAUGCCAGGUUAUGGAACAACCUCACCAGGUAACAGUGCACCGGGAUUUGCAAGAAGAGAAGGCUCAGUAAUGCCAGCGCCGCAUAUUGCCAUUACAAGUCCACCUGUGCCAAGACCCAUGGGCCCACAUAUGGGAGGAUCACCACGCUUCCCUCACCCACAUCCGAGACAUUAAAAUGACUGGUUCUCCCAAGAAAACCUUGAUCUAUUUGUCUUCCAUUGAUAUUUGUUAAGCA